UAUCUCUCUCUAUAUAUCUGUAUAUGCAGAUGUCAGCAGUAACUAGGUGUAUACAGUAGGUCAGAGGCCUCAGUAGGUCUUAAUAUUCCUCAGAAUGUCUGUCCUAACAAGAUCAGUUGCAUUUGCCAUCAAGCGUUCUAAUAUAGGCUGUCUCUCUAGCUAUGCUCUGCCACAAAAUAUUGAAGAGUUAAAUGCCUCUCACACAGCUAGAGUAGACCCAAGCAAAAUUUUUGACACCUGCACAAGAAGUCAGGAGGUAUCUGUCCUUCAAUCUAGUAGGAUAUUUGGAAGCCGGUUUCUGUCCGACCAGUCCAGCGUGGUUGAUCAUGUAUCGGAUUUACCGCAAUCAGCUGAUUCAUCAGAACAGAUGGACUCGACAAUUAUGGCGUAUGAAAUCUCAAACAUCCACAUUGAGAUGAAGAUCAAUCUUCCUGAACCAUUCAAAGCUGAAGACAUCAACACAGAUGUUGUUGAGGGAUCUCCAAAUGGUCUUUCUGACGCUAAGAUGAGCCUGGAAGCAAGAUCUAACAUGGAUUGUAGGAUUGAGACCUCAGAUCGACUGAUUGAUACGUGCAACAUGCUCUAGGAUCGUCCAGAGCGGUUCAAGCAGCAUGUCUCAUAUUUAAUUCAUAUUUUUGCUUAUCACUAUUCAUUUUAGAAUAGGCAUAACAAUCAAACUUUAUUUAUUCACUAUUUAUUUAUUGUCAUAGAUAUUUAAAGAAAAUAUAUGAAAGCACCAAAGCGA